ACUGAAUCUGCUGAUCCUCUAUCUUCUCCAUCUACAUAUCUACUCAAUGAUCUGUUCUUGCAGACUAUGCUACAUGCUCUAAAAGAUUUUAUUGUAAACAGAAAACCUCACAUUGUAACAGAUCAUACUUUCUCCAGUCCAAAUGCAGGAAUUCCAGCUAGCAAGACAAAGGUGAAAUAUGAUGAUAUACAUCCAUUCAGUAAAGCUCUAUAUAAUGCCAAAAUACAACAUUCUAAUGCUGACUUUACUCUCUAUAAAAGUGACAUCACCAAGGCUUUUCUGAAUUUACCAACACAUUCUUUAUGGCAGAUUCAUCAAGUUGUCCUCAUUGAUGACCAAUAUUACAUUUGUUAUUUACAACUUUUAAUAUUUUGGAAAUAUAUCUCUUAUCUCUUUGAUGAUCCAAAACAGAUAUAUGGUCAAUCUCUUAAAAUUAUCAAUUUCUGGGUUGAUGCCAACCAGAGGAGUGUCUCUCUUACACAACAGUCUGUUAUUGAUGCUAAAUCUGAAGUCAACUCUUUUCUUUUGACACUCAGAAGAGCAUCUAUUCUGUAG